AUGGCAUCCAAUAUCGUACAGCUCCCAUUCCGGCGCUCCCACGCCGCCUCGUUGUCGGAUGCAAUCACGCAGUACAUUUCCUCCAAAUAUGACCAACGACCGGAUAUGUUCGCAGAAGAUCUGCUGAGCAUUGAUCGCUUACGCUCCGAAGCUGUUAAUGUGCAGGAGCCACAUUUUAGCGGUGUCAUCCGCUUAAUAAUGUAUGCAGCGCAGUUGAAAUGGCUCGGCGGGAAGUUUCCAGUUGAUGUGGGUGUUGAUUUCGCAUGGUAUCCGGCGUUCGGUUUCAAUACUACAAGACCUGUUUCCCAGAAUAACCUCCGUUUUGAACUGGCGAAUGUUCUUUUUAACCUAGCGGCCCUGUACUCCCAACUUGCAUAUUCGGCGAACCGAACAACCGGAGAUGGAUUGAAACAAGCGUGCAAUUACUCUUGCCAGGCGGCCGGUGUCUUGAAUCAUCUUCGUGUCGAUAUUCUCCCCGAUCUCCGCACAUCACCCCCGGAAGAUAUGGAUGACAUGACAUUGCAGAGCUUGGAGCAGUUGCUACUCGCACAAGGCCAAGAAUGUUUCUGGCAGAAAGCCGUGAAAGAUGGACUUAAGGAUGUCUCUAUUGCGAGACUUGCGGCCAAGGUUUCUGAUCUCUACGGAGAUGCAGGUGACUUAGCCGUCAAGUCUAACGCUAUUAGCACGGAAUGGAUUCAUCAUAUGACCGCUAAAAACCAUCAUUUUGCUGCUGCUGCCCAGUUCCGCCAGUCUCUCGAUUGUCUGGAGAAGCGGAAGUACGGCGAAGAAGUGGCGAGAUUACGGGAUGCCAUCCAUUGUGUCAAUGAAGGUCUGAAGGAAUCGCGAUGGAUCAACCGCACCGUGCUUGGAGAUCUGAAUGGACUUAAAAGCCGUGUACAGGAGGAUCUGAAGCGGGCCGAAAAGGAUAAUGAUCUUAUUUAUCUCAGUCCGGUUCCGCCCAAAUCCGAACUCAGGUCUAUCGAUCGGGCGAGCAUGGUUGCUGCUAAGGCACCUUCGCAAGUCACAGAUGCUAUUUCUAUGCUGGGAGCUAAUGGCCAGCUUGGCCAGCCGCUAUUCGCCAAGCUGGUUCCUUAUGCUGUGCAUAUUGCUGCCAGCAUAUACUCCGAUCGCCGAGAUCGACUGGUGAACGAAAGUCUUAUUGGAGAAUUAGAGUCUAUGACCGACAAACUAAGGGACUUAUUAUCUUCCCUGAACUUACCAGGCUCUCUGCAGGCUAUGGAGAAGCCGCUGGGCCUUCCACCAACCCUUGUUUCCCAUGCUGAAGAGAUGCGCCAGCAAGAUGGGUUAAAUCGUCUCCGGCGUUCUGUCGAAGAUACAGCGAAGGUGAAGGGAUAUGACAGGGCUAUUUACCAUGAAGGUUUCGAGCUCUUGGCCGCAGAAAAGGCCGAGGAUGAUGCUGCUCGUCGUAAGUAUGGUACAGACCGGUGGAAUCGUGAACUAUCGGAGAAGGCUUCAGCCAAAAUUUACAAUACUUCCAAGGAGAUCAACGGCUACUUCACAUCUGCACAAAGCAGUGAUGAGCUUGUCGAUCGGAAGCUUCGAGAUUCCGAGUCUGUGUUCCUAGUACUCACAGGAACGAACCGAGACCUAGAGUCUUAUGUACCCAGCAGCCGCAGAGCUACCAUACCUCCUGAGUUGGAACGAGAAUCUAUCAAAUUGCGAAGCUGUUUGAGUGAUGUGAGUCGGAUGGAGAGUCGCCGGCGGCGACGGAUUCAAGGCUUGAAAGACAAGGCCCGCGCUGAUGAUAUCCACCCAGCUCUUUUAAAUGAGACCGCUCGAUUGGAGCGUGAGUUUCCCAUGCAGGCUAUCCAAGCAAGCCAGUUCGAGGAUUUGUUUGAAGAGCAUUUGAAGUACUACAACUCGGAUCAAGAAAUGCUUGCCCAGGAAGACAAGGAUCAAGAACAACUCGCGAGACAAGUGCGCGAGACCAACCAAGCUUUUAUCCGAGCACAGAAAGGCGAUACCUCAACGAAGGAGCGGGAGACCGCCUUGCAGGACCUGGAGAACGGAUAUCUGAAGUACAAGGAGAUUAUCUCCAAUCUCGAAGUCGGGCGCAAAUUCUAUAACGACCUAGCUAAAAUCGUGAGUCGAUUCCGCGACGAUGCAAAAGCAUUUGUACACCAGCGACGGAUGGAGGCCAGUCAAUUGGAAUCCGACAUAUCCAAUGUCACCGCCAUGUCAUCUUUGCACAUAUCACAACCGCAUUUGCGCCAACCUGCAGCUCAGCCUACGCACACACAUCAUACCCCCACAUACGCGGCACAACCUCCACCCCAGCCGCCAGUCCAGCCGCCUCCACUGCAUGCACCGCGACCUACAGAAACGGCAGCUCCGCUCACCGCACCCCAGCCAGUGCGUGCCGCGGUGCCUCCACCUGCUGGUACCACGCCUGGGAUGUGGUCUCCUGAUAUGGGAAUCCGAUUCAACUCUGCCGGGGCACCGCCAGGAGCAACUCCAGUUACAGGGGCAGGAAUGGCACCGGCACCGGUACCUGGGCCGGCUGGACGAGGAGGCCCAGCAGGAACCUGGGAUCCUAGCCAGGGAUUGCGGUUCUCCUAG